AUGGUACUUUUGGAAAUCAUAUCAGGGGCUAGGAAUUCAUCUGGAACAGACAACACUAGGAACAACUACUCUGCUAAAUUUUUCCCAAUUCAAGCUAUCCACAAGCUUCAUGGGGGUGAUGUGCAGAGUUUGGUGGAUCCAAAUUUGCAUGGUGACUUCAAUUUAGAAGAGGUUGAAAGGGUUUGCAAGAUUGCAUGUUGGUGUAUCCAAGAUAAUGAAUUUGAUCGACCGAUGAUGGGUGAAAUGGUACGUGUUCUCGAGGGUCUACAGGAGAUUGACAUGCCCCCGAUGCCAAGACAACUUGCGGCUAUGACGGAACAAUAUGGUGCAACCUCUUCAAUAUACAUAGUAAACAGUCACAGUCGAUGUGACUAA